AUGCAGUACAGCACAGGAGCAGGGCCGUCUGGCUCUGCCUCGUACACGCCGCAAGGUCAAGUCAACAACGCACACACGGGGGCACCCUCAGCCUUCGCGUUCAACGGUACGAAUCCUUAUCUCCAGGCGGGUCCACCUCAGCCGGCGGGCCUUCCACAGCCAGACCCAGCGGCUACGCGGAUGGAUCCCGCCACAGCUCCACCUCUGGCGACGGCAUCGGGUGCUGCAGCUGCCGCGCCAGGGGACAAGCCUGCCAAGCGGCCAUACAAGAAACGGGCCAAGAAGGCGGCGCCGGACGCGAACGACGCGGCAGGCGGUCUCUUGCCCCAGACCCCGGCGGACAUUGGCGGGCAAGGCGGCUCGUCGGACGCUCCAACCCGGAAGAGGGCAAAGAAGGCAAAGGAGAAUGCUCCGGAGCCGGCUGGGAGUGGGCCGUCGCAGCAGCCAGCUCCCGCUUCGGUCGGACCGGCCGCGGGCAUUGGUCAUGGUCUCCCCCAGACAGCUGUCCCCAAAGACAGCGUUGCAUACCUCUACCGCGACCCUACUCUGGCAUCGCCGCCACCCAGACCCUCCGCUGGCCCAUCGUACCGCCCUCCCCAACCCCAACAGUCCCAAAACGCCCAGGCCGGCCCAUCCCACUCCAACGGCUACUAUUACUCGGUACCAUCCUCCCAAAUCGCAGACCCCAUCCGAUCCGCCGCCGCUGCCGCCCCGCCCACCACACUCAGCGAGUACGUCAGCCGCCUCAAUGCCCACAUGGCGGAUACACGCUCGGAGCGCACGGGCGACUCUAGCGCAUACCUCCCUACCGGCGAGUGGUCGGCGGAGGACAAGGCGUCGUUCUUCCCUAUCCUCGGUCGGCAUUCGACGGUGCGCCCAGACCUGAUCGCGCAGGAGACGGGCAAGUCGGAGCAAGAGGUACAGCAGUACCUCAUCGACCUGCAUGGCGCGGUACCUGCCAAUCUGGGGCGGAAGCGGGCGGGACGGGUCAAGAAGGGAGAGUGGGUUCCGGGGAUUGCUCUUGCGGCGAGAGAGAUCAGCGAUGGGGACGUUAGGGAGGAGGAGAGAAUGGUGGAGAAGUUGAAAGGCGUGGAGGCCCACGAGGCGGUGAUGCUGGAGGUGGAGAAGGGGAAGGGGAAGAAGAAGAUGACGGAGGCGUCAUGGGGCGCCCAGCUGGACGGACCUAAGAUCGGAACACUGUCGGCCCUCGUCUAUACUAGCAUCCCGUACGACCCGCUUUCCGGCAACAAGGCUGCCAAGCUGCUUCGGGAUGAGCAUCAGAUGGCCGCUAUCGAGGCGAUACCGAUCCGGCAGCGGACGACCUCGCAGAUCAAGGAGCUUCGGCGGUUGAAGGACAAGAAGAAUAUGCGGAUGAGGUACCGGCACGCCAAGCUCAUCGAGGAGGGGAUGACGGCGGAGGGCAUUGAGGCGCAGGGCGGCCCGGACGCCAUCUACCUCGCCCGGGCAGGAACCGAUCCGGUCGUUCUUGACCCCUCGGUACCCAAUGCCGCCCAGGUCGAUCCGCUCAAAGGCAACAAGCACGGCAAGAUCAUUCGGGACGAGGCGCGCCUGGCUCAUCUUAAUGGCCUGAAGCAUCCGACGCGGGAGGAGAUUGCCGAGACGCGUCGGCUGCUCAACAAGAAGCGGGCGCGUCUCAGGAUCAGGCGGAUGAAGCUGCUCGAGGAAGGGAUGACGGAGCAGCAGCUGGCGGGGAUCAAUAUCGACGAGCUGUAUGCGAAGCGGGCGGGCGUGGCUUGGGUGACGGACUCGUUGGCUGAGGAUAACGAAGUCAUACCGGGUCUGGCGGAAUGGGCGAUAGGGAGGCGGUUAGGUGAUACGCAUACUCAAGUGUCUUUCGAGGUGCUGCAACAGCUUCGAAUAUAUCUUCUCGCGUAUCUCGUCCCUCUCAUACAUAAAACCAUCAACCUCGCGGAGAAGGAACGAGUCGAUCCUAGUCGUGCGCAUGUCCAGUUGCUGCUGGAGGUGGCGGAGGAGGAGGGGAAGCUGGAGGAUGUCGAGGACGAGGAAGGGGAUGAGUGGGAGAUUGACACAACCACGACGGACAGGGAAGAGAGAGAGCUGGAUGAGCUCCUGGAUGAGGUGGAUGAGGAAUACGAUCGCGUUAGGGAGGAAGAAGGUGGGGAUUGGGAUGAUCCGUUCAAUGUCGAAGGGGGUCAUAGUCACGGUGGCAAAGCAGGGAGGGCGAAGCGGAGGGAGUACCUGGUCUUGCUGAAUCGGUACACUCUCAUGCAGUCGAGACGAGCCAUCAAGCGAGCGUCAGGGGUAGAGCGGAAGCGGAAGAGCCUACGGGGAAAGAACAAACUCUCGGCGGCGAUCAUAGAGGAUAGCGAUUCCGAGGAGGAGGUGGUGGGUAGCGAGACGACAAGUGAUAGCGAUAGUGAAGAGGAGAAGGGGGACAGCGAAGAGGGGCUGGAUAGUGAGGCGGAUGACCAAGAGGGCAGCCAGGUUGGCGAGGAGGAUAGUCCAGCAGAUGAGCAGGGGAGCGGGGAGGACGACGGGUCAGAUGGGCAGGACAUCGAAGGCAUGUUGAGCGGGUCAGAUAUGGAUGAUGAUUGA